AUGUCCAUUUCCCUUUGGGAUCUCCAUGAAAUCGGCGGUCUCCCUAUUACAGGUCGGUUUUAUGAUGAGGUUAUUCCAUCCGCUGAGAGUCUUAACAGGAAGGACCAUAAAGGUGUGUCUUAUAUCCCACACAUUUGUCGCUACUUGUUCCUAGCAUACCACAAAAUUUUACAGGAUUCUAAGGGGAAAUCUGGAGUGAGAAUGACUGCUUGGAUAAAGUACUGGUAUCGAGGACCAUUCAAGUACAAAAAGCCUUCAAGGAAAACCAUACGAAACAAGUCACAAAAGCCAAAGGAAGAUUUUGAUCCGUCUGGUAUCAUCAUGGGGGCACUGAAACGCACUAAGAAAGAGGAAGGCGUUUUUGAAGACUUGGGUAUAACAGAUGAAGACAUGGAAAGAUCAUACUUGGCUGCUUUCCUUGCUUGCUGGUUAUGCAAAUUUGUAUUUCCCAAAGACGACGUAACUUUGAUCAGACCAGGGGUUUUCAAAGUUGCCAGUCGAAUGGCGCACGGUGUAUCAUUUGGCCUAGCAGUUCCAGUAUUGGCCAGCAUUUACAAGGGGCUGAACGAUAUUUCUAGUGCAGAUGAUCCAGGAAAUUGCACAACUAUUCUACCUUUCCAUUAUGUGUAUGGAUGGUUGGGCGAAUACUUCGACACACAUUUUACAUCAUCUUCCGAGAAGUCCAUUCCUAUCAUGGCAAGGUUCUCAGGAAGACUUUCGGCCAAAUUUUUUGAAGAUUCGUCAGCUCGAGCUUUAUUCCGGACUUGUGGUAAAGUGAAAAUGAGUCGUCUGGCAGGAGUAUUUUCAGAAUGCAAACAACUGACUGAUGAAGAUCAUAUUUCUAAAGAAGACUUUGAGUAUCUAAUAUGCCUUCGUUCGGGAUUCGUUUCUCUACGACAGGAAAACUACCGAGUCAUCCAACCUUAUAGCCCGCACCGGUUCAGUAGACAAUUUUGUUAUGUACAACAUGUGCCAGGAGAACUUAAAGAUGACGUCCGGAAUGGUACUGUGCUAUCAGUGUACUCACAUUGGAAAUCAUGCUUGAAGAUUGGCAGUGCAUCUACAAUAACCCUACUCACUAAGGACAAUAUCCGGGAGUUUGAGGUCACAUCCGACUAUGUUAUUUGGUGGUCGAAGGUGCAUCGCUUUGAAUCUACGAAAUCAAAGACAGUCUCAACUGUAGGCAAGUCGUUGUCGCUUUCUCAGCCAAGAUCUCUUAAGUCUCAAGGCCACGAAGUUUCAGUUCAUGAUAAACUCACCCAUGGUAGAGCGCUCCAAGUUCAUCCAGAAGUUGAAGGUAGUUCUACUACUCCUGCGCCUCAACGAGGGCAUAUAAGCAACAAUGAAGACAGUGAAGUCAACUUUAGGCAUAAGAAGACAAGUAUCGAACCUCUUUAUUGCGAUCUGGACACGGCAUACCCACUUGAUGACACAUUCUUUUGUGAUGUACCUGCUAUUUCACAACUAGUUCUAAUGAACGAGGGAGAAGUAGUGCAUCAUGUCCCUACUGUGUCCGAGCUUGUACCAUUUAAUCAUUUUCCUAUCGAAGAGGAAAAUGAUGCUUUGCGCCCGAUAAGUGGUUCAGGUGUUAGCCUAAGAGGUUCACUUGUGCAUCAACAUUUGUUAAAGCCGGCUACUCAUGCAUCAACCUCUGAAAUGUCUUGUGGGGAACCGAAAUUAGGGGCGGACGUCUCAUCCCUACGAGCUAUGAUUGAUGCACUUAUGGUGACCGCAGUUGACUAUUGUUCUGCACACUCUGCUUACUCCCAAAAGCUGUCUCCCGAGGUUCAAAGUGAUCGUUUAGCUGCUGUCGACUCUUCACUUUAUGUUGCCUUGGCUCUGCAACAAGCUGAAGAGGUUCAUCAAUUUUCGAUACUUGAGUCUAUUAAAUCUGCCAACACACGUAUGGAGGAGUUGAAGAGAGAACAAGAGCAAUUGGAGUCAAGACUGCGUCAAUUAAACGAAUCACUUUCAAAGAGUGAUGCAGAACUUUCUUAUCAUCAUGGUGAGGUUGCCCGUUUGAGAAAGGAUAAGAUUGCAGUUGAAGAAGCUUCUGUAUUAUCCACUGUCGAUGCUGAGACUUUAAAUGCGUUACGAGUUUCUUUUGAGAGAUUGCGUAACGGCUUCAAGGACUUGUCUUGGGAAUAG